CGUAGAUGUUACCGGUUUAGCAGCUGCAGACGAUCGAAAAAUAUUCGUAAAUAAAAGUUUAAUCAUGUCCAAAAGAAGCAAGUCCAAGAAAAAUGACGAGGAAAAAAUUAACGUACGAGAAAAGCUCAACGAAAAUGUGCUGGAUUUGAGUUUGAUGAACAUUUCGGUAAUCCCGGUGGACGAUAUUAAAACAUUGAAACGCGCAACGAUAUUGGAUUUAUCUAACAACAUAAUCACAGUUAUUAAUAAAGAUUUCACUUCGCUGGUGCAGUUGACAAGACUGGAUUUAAGUAAAAAUCGAAUCCGACUAAUAACGGAUGACUUCGGCAAUCUGGUUAAUCUCAGACACUUAGAUUUAUACAACAAUCAACUGGAACGUUUGCCGCUUAGUUUCGGUCGCUUGAAGAAGCUGAAGUAUCUGGACUUGAAAAAUAACCCGCUGAAUCCGGCAUUUAAGAAGAUUAUUGGAACAUGCACCGAUCAGAAGGAUUGCAUCGACGCCGCUCGUAAGGCGGUUGCUUUUAUGGCCGACAUUGAACAGCAGGUUAUCGAAGAAAGAAAGAAGGACCGAGAGAAGCGAGAGCUCGAACAAAAGGAACAAGAGGCUCGUUCGCAGCAGGAUGCAGUCUCGGAGUCCAAUCCAAGUGGCGAGAAGGGGAAUGCAAACAAAAAAUCGAAGAGCAAAAAUAACAAAUCCAAGAGCAACGCUAAUGACAAAGAAAAAACUGAUAAGAACGGAGUCAACGCUGCAGCAGCCCAGGGUGGAAGUAAGAAGCAAAACAAGCGGAAAAAGGCAGAAAGCAUUCAGAAGAGCAAUAAAAAUUGCUGGAUAGUUCUGCCCGUUAUUGCGAUUGUUGUGGGUCUACUUUGUAUUCUGAACUAUGAACAAAUUUUAGAAUAUUACCAAAGUACGGAAGGCGCGUACGCAGAGAUCAAGGAAGAGUUUGUGAAAUGAUUCACAGCAACUGUACAAUAAGCUGCAUUGAAAACAAUAAACGUAUAACACAA